GACACAGACAGAGAGUAAGGAGACAUUGUCCGGGACAGAGACAGAGACAGAGACCGAGCGGCUCGAGCUCUACAUCGCGACGGCAAAUGGACAUUUGUAGCGGAAUGAAGAGUUCAGUUUGAUGAGUUUGAGGAGCAGCGAGCAGUGAGUGUGUUCUGACCUGGAUUCAGUGAGGGCUUUGGGAGACACAGGGCGAGGGGUGAGGGGUGGACGAGGAUUUACUGGGUCAAACAAACCGACUACCCCCACCACUGAAGAAGGGAAGGUCAGAAGGAAAAGAAGAAAAACCACAGACAAAGCGCUGAGGAAACCAUGAACACUGAGAAGUGAGGUGAACUGAUCUGGAGAGAGAAGCACAAUGUCACGGUCAGAUGAGGUCAACAAAAUGACAGAAAAUGUCUACAAGGGCAUUCUGGACCAGUUCAACCCCAGUCUGAAGAAUUUUGUCACCAUGGGCAAACACUAUGAAAAGGCUCUGACGGGAGUCACAGUAGCAGCGAAGGGUUAUUUUGACACUCUGGUCAAACUAGGAGAGCUGGCCAGUGACAGCCAGGGCUCAAAGGAACUAGGUGACAUGCUGUUCCAGAUGGCAGAGGUUCAUCGGCAGAUCCAGGUCCAACUAGAGGAUGUGCUGAAGCUGUUUCAUUCAGAGCUGCUGUCUCAACUCGAGCAGAAACUGGAGCUAGACAUCAAAUAUCUGACCGCGACGCUGAAGAAGUACCAGAGUGAGAGGAAGUCAAAGGUGGAGUCCAUUGAGCGCUGCCAAUCACAGCUGAAGAAGCUGCGGAGGAAGAGCCAAGCUAGUCGCCAUCCCAACAAAUAUGGAGACAGAGAGAUGCAGAGGCUGUCUGUGCAGGAAGUCCCGCCUCUGUUGAAUGGUGACAGUCGUCCUCAGCAGCAGCAGCGCUCGUCUCAGUCUGUCCCGGGCCUUCAGUCUCACCCGAACCCCUCCAGUAAUGGACACGCCCAGUCCGCUUCUUCAGCCAGCUCCGUCCACUCACAGACAGCAGUGGGCGUGUCUGGGUUACAGUCUCCUCCCUCCAUUACCCACACCUCCACCUCCUCCCACAGUUCCCUGCUGGGCCUGACUCCGCCCCUAAUGGCCCCCCACAGUGCCCCUCUGUCCCGCGCGCUCACACCCGUCCUGCUGUCCGGCUCUGCCGCUGCUGUCGGUGUGCUGAAGGCUCCUGAUCUCUACUCCACCUCCACACUGCCGCUGCCGAGGAGACAGUCCAGCGAGACUCGUCAGGGAUUCAUGGGCUCGACUCUUCCCCGAGUGCUUCCGCUCUGUGCUCCGCCCCGUGUGGAGGCUCUGUUCCCUCACUCCACAGACUCCUGCGAGGCAGAGAAGCCAGGAGACCGAGGAGGAAGCUCAUGUCUGCUGUCCUUCCUCCCUGGAGACGCUCUGUCCCUGCUGAUCAGUGAACCCAGAGACGGCUGGCACUACGGACAGAACGAGCGCUCGGGACGAAAAGGCUGGUUUCCCUUCUCCUACACACAGCCUUUCCCCAACACUCCCGGACAAGAUCUCAGGUCUGUAGGAAAAACAAAGCCCCAUCCGAAUGACAUACAGUAACAUCUCGCUGCUGUCUCAGAA